AUGGUUGCUCGAACAUCUCGUGAGGUUCUUCGCUGGUACGAGGGUCUCUAUUUGACUUAUCCUAUUAUUGUUCCGAAAUGGGAUUUGGCAAACGGAUUCGCUUAUGCCGAAAUCUUACAUGUUUAUUUUCCAAAUGAAAUCAAUAUGCUGAAUUUUCUCAAUGGGCGGUCACUGAAUUCGCGGUUAUUAAACUGGGCUAUGAUUAAAAAGUUUCUAAAAAAGAAGAAUCUUCCAAUUAAUAAUGAAUUUAUUGAUGCAACAUUACACGGUAAAGACGGCGGGGCAGAAGGAUUGCUGGAACAAACUUACGAGUUGUUAACAAAUAGAAAACCAUUUGUUGACGUAACAUAUGAACAUGACGAUCAGUUUACUGAUCAUAUUUAUGAACAAACACUCGAUUAUUUUCAACGGUCACAUACAUCGAAAUCAAUAAAAAAUAAUUUGAAAAUUUCCGAACUAAUUAUGGAUCCAUCCUAUGCUCACCAUGCGAAACGAAAUGAAUAUAUUCGUGAUCAAUUAAAGAUCGAGCGUCAAAAGAUACGUGUUGAUAAUCCACAACGGUUUGACAUCAGACCUACAUUAGCUGAGCGUUGUUUACGUAAACCUCUCCAAUCAGAAAUCAACCCUCAAGAUUGGUACACGAAAUCCUUUGUUUCACGUUCACGUUCAGCGACUUCUGUAUCGAAUAAAACAGUUUCUGGUAAACAAGGAUCGCGACAAGCGUCGGCUGAUCGUUCCAAACAAACUUCCGUUUAUCGAGAAAAAGGAACCAUAGAAACGAAUGAAAACGAUGCAAUUUACAAAGAAAUCAUUUUGAAACAACACUCCGUGCCACUGGAAGAUCUUGCGCGUAUAAACGAAUUCGAAUAA